AUGAGGGGACAUAUUAGUGGUGUUCAAGCACUUUUCAGAAAAGAAGUUCCCUAUACUUAUUAUAUUCAUUGUAACAACCACAGACUUAAUUUAGUAUUAGUAGAUGUAGCUAAAAAUGUAGAAGAAGCCGAUAAAUUUUUUUUAUUACUUCAAGAUAUUUAUGUUUUCAUGUCUGGAUCAACAAUACACAGUAAAUUUAUGGAGCUACAGAAAAAAGUUGGAAAAUGUAAACCUAUUGAAUUAAAACGGUUAUGUAUGACUAGAUGGUCUUCUCAAAUUCAUUCUUGUAGAGCCUUAAAAUCUGUUUUAGAUAUUGUUUUGUUGCUUUUAAAUAAUAUAGUUUUAGAAAAACCAGAUAGAUCUUUAGAAGCUGUUGGUUUAUUGAAUAUGAUCGAUUUCCAGUUUAUAUAUUUAUGUAAUGAUUUACUGUCUGAAAUUCAUAUUGUUAUUAAAUAUCUCCAAGAUGAAGCCCAUCACAAUUUGUAUAAAGAAGUAGAGAAGAAAGCUAUUUCACUAAGUAUAAAACUUCCAUCCGAUCAACAACAACAAAACAGAGCCAAAAAAGUGCCUAAAUAUUUGGAAAAAUGUGUAUGUACUGUUCAAAAUUUAGAGAAACAAAGCAACACAUCAGAAGAUGAUUAUAAAGUAAAUAUUUAUAAUCUUAUUUUAGAUAGAAUGAUUUCUGAAAUUGAUAAACGAUUUAUGCAUAAUGAAAAGUUCUUGAGUAGUAUUACAGCAUUACAUCCACAAUCUCCACAUUUUUUGAAAUAUGAUGAUAUUGAACCAUUAGCUAUACCUUAUUCUUCUGAUUGCACUUGUGAACGCACAUUUUCAUGCAUGAAAAGAGUUGAGAAAAACUACUUGAGAAAUUCUAUGAAUCAUGACUUAAUGUCCAGUUUAAGUAUAAUUUCAAUAGAAAAAGAUGAAGGCAAACAAUUAAAUAUUGAUGAAGUUAUUGAUACAUUUUCUAAUGCACCUAAAAAUAGGAAGAUAACAUUAAAAUAA